AUGACCUCAUUCCACAUACAUGUACAUCAAUUUAUUGCCAAGGGCUUCUGUCCUUUGUCAAAAAUGGUGCUCAAAAGAUGCUGAUUAAUGAUUGAUGAUUGGCUCUUUGUUUUGCUUUCUCUCUCUGUCUCCUGCUCUCUUUCAUGCUGAGAUUUCUCGUUGACUUGGUGUUGACUGGAAUCUCUAUGCAAAUACCCAAGGCAAUUAGUUGACGUCAGAGCCGGAACUUAAGCAAAAUUCAUAAGCAUUCAUAAGCGAAAAAGCAAAAAAGAAGAGGCAAAAACCUAAUGUUUUUUCAUCAUUUGUAUUCUAAAACCUGUUGCAAAAUAGCAACAUACUACUGUGAUAUUUUCAUUUAAAAUAUAUUGCACGCUCUUACCAAGUUUUGUCGGUGCCUACCAUGCUGAAUCAAGAGGCAUCUCACUGACUCAACAAUAAAAUAUUCGUGGUUUUUGUGAAGUUCGUUUUAACACUUUUCGAAAAAGGGAGCAAGGUUAAAUCUGUUUACAUUUUUGAGCAAUCGGCCAGGGCCGUCUUUAAAGUGGUUUGGCUAGCAGUGUGUAACGCCAAGAAAACGUUAAUCUAACGAAAUACAAUAUUGCAGCUUGAUCAAGUUUCCGCAAUGUGCUAAGAAAUUGAGAAAGUGAACUUUGAUUUGUGAUCCUUGAAUUACUUGAAAAGUGCAUUUGCAAAAGCUGCAUCUGAGCCAUGUCUUGCCGCUCGGACAUCGAUCUGGCCACUCUACAUCAGCACCGCCUCGAAGAGCGCUGGAACUAUGGCUUAACCUGGGUCGGAGCCCAUGGAAGAAGCCAGGAGCUGCAACAGUUAACCCACUACAAUGAGCUCCUCGGCCUUCAGAGCGCCAGCCAGCGUCAGCAUCGCCAUCAGCACCCGCACCAACAGUUGACAAAAAGCAAUUUCAGCAGUUGUAGUAGAACUGUCAGCAGGCUAAAGGAUAACGUUGCCAAAGAUAAUCAAGAUAAGCCGCUUCAGGGACUGGAGUACUAUAGUAAUGACUACUUUACAGCUACGACGCGUCGCAGACGCUCCGGCACUUGGCCGCGCACACGUAGCCUAAAUGCACCUUCGCCGUUCCAGCAGUUUGGACCAUGCGGGCGCAUCAUGAAGAACUCAGCAAUGGUAAUGCAAAUCCAAGAUCCCGCCAGCCAGCGUCUGACCUGGUAUAAGCCACCGUUGACGGUCCUCGUAAUUAAGAAGAAGGACUCCCAGGUGCUGCUGCCGUUUGUGCAGCUGGUUGAAUGGCUGGUCCAGGAGAAAAAUAUGGUCGUAUGGGUGGAGUCCGCAGUGCUGGAAGACAAGUUGCUGCGCGACGACGUCCGACUGGAGGAAGAAAGCGCGAAGUUCCGUCUGGUUCACGAGUAUUACACUGGAGUACGCUCUCGUUUCCUCGCACUGCGGGAGAAGCUAGUGACCUUUAAAGAUGGACGCGAUGAUCUCACCGAUCGCAUUGACUUUAUUGUCUGCCUGGGAGGCGAUGGAACGCUGCUGUAUGCCUCACAGUUAUUCCAGCAAUCGGUUCCUCCUGUUAUGGCCUUCUAUCUGGGUUCAUUGGGGUUCCUGACACCGUUCCAGUGUGACAACUUCCAAGAACAAGUGACCAAUGUGCUGGAGGGUCAUGCCGCACUCACGCUACGAAGUCGCUUGCGUUGUUCAAUCCACCGGAAAGGCGAGCGCCGGAGGGAGUCUCUGCAGCAAUCUAGUAAUCUCUUAAAGCCUUUCUCGCAACGACAAUCCCACUACGGCGAAUUGGGUAACCCAAAAGCCAGCAAUAACAACUGUAGUCCAUCCUCAGCACAGGCUGCUCCUGGCUACAGCAGUAUUCUGGUGUUAAACGAGGUGGUCAUCAAUCGGGGCCCAUCCCCCUACUUGAGCAACAUUGAUAUUUUCUUGGACGGCAAGUACAUCACAUCUGUGCAAGGAGAUGGGUUGAUUGUGUCGACGCCCACGGGCAGCACAGCCUACGCGGCAGCCGCUGGUGCGUCCAUGAUCCAUCCAUCUGUGCCGGCUAUUCUGGUAACUCCCAUCUGUCCACAUUCACUAAGUUUUAGACCAAUUGUAGUACCAGCCGGAGUGGAGCUGAAGAUAUCGAUAUCUCCGGAUAGUAGGAAUACGUCGCGCGUAUCCUUCGACGGCCGAAAUGAUCAGGAGCUAAAUCAUGGUGACUUCUUGCGAGUAACAACCUCUAUUUAUCCUGUACCGAGCAUUUGCGCACAGGAUCAGAUAUCCGACUGGUUCGAUUCACUGGCUGAGGGUCUGCAUUGGAAUGUGCGCAAACGCCAAAAGUGUCUUGACGAGCUGUCGGAUUUGACGGCAUCCGGCUCGGAAGACACGCUCGACGAAUUUGAGAACCUAAAGAUCCACGACGCGUAGUAUAAUCAGAUAUAAAUAUAACUAACUAAAUAAAUACUCCGGUCUAUUGUACAAUAUUCAGAUAUAUAAUAUUUGGUUGAGUUUACGUUAUACAAAAUCUAUACAAAAAUAUAUACAAUUCAAUAUUGAUUCAGAACAAAUAAACUUAAGUAUAGUUUGUAAGGUAAGUGUGCCGCGAUUAUGAGAAUUCUGUGUGUAUUUUUUAUAAUAGUAAUAAAUUGUUUUAUUUACUUAAA